CUCUCUCCGCCCCGGGUCGCCGCCGCCUCCGUCGCUUUCGGGCUCCGCAGCCUGAGGAAAAAAAGAGAAAAAGAUAAAAAAAAUCCGAAAACGCUUCAAAAUCCUUAAAAAAAAAAAAAGGGGGGGAAAGAAAAAGCGAGUCCUCGGAGAACCCGCGGGGAAGUCACUUUCGCACGCUUCCGGCCUGCCCCGCGCCCGUCGCCGCCGCGCUUGGCGUCCAUCGGUCUCCGUCGGUCCCGGGGUGAGCCGCCCGCCCGGCCCGCCGCGCCCUCCGCCCCCUCCGCCCGCCCGAGCCCCGCGCCGGCCCCGCGCACCACGUGUCCGCGCUGCCCUUCGCCGCCCGCCUGGGGCUCGCGGAGUCGGCGCCCACAAAGAUUUGGUUUCUCUCUGCCCCGGCGGUUGUAAUCUUAAACCGCCGGAGCCCGAGGCCUAUAUUUAUAGAGAAACGCGUGUCCGAGGCCGCCGUGGGCAGCGUCCGGUCGCUUCUUAUACCCUUCGGAAGGGGAUUCCCCAUUUAAUUUUUCUUCCUACUUUGAUUUUUUGAAAUUUGGAGCUUCGCACCAGGACCGCGGAGAAGUGCAAAGUCGCGGGGAGGGCCGUAUUGUGCGGAGAGCCUUUUGUCUGCGGUGCCGCGGCCGUGGGAGCCGGCCCCCGCCUCGCGUUUCCGUCCAGUCUCCGAGCCCGCCGACUCCAGCUCAUCCUCGCCGGUGCCACCUGUGAGCCGCGGCGCGGGCCCCGGCUCCGAGGGCGCCCCUUUUGUCCUGCGGCGAGCCGGAUAAGAAGUCCUCCUGGCGGGGCUCGGGGUGGUGGGGGGCGGGGAGAUGAACGCUGCGGCCAGCAGCUACCCCAUGGCCUCCCUGUACGUGGGCGACCUACACUCGGACGUCACCGAGGCCAUGCUGUACGAAAAGUUCAGCCCCGCGGGGCCUGUGCUGUCCAUCCGGGUCUGCCGCGAUAUGAUCACCCGCCGCUCCCUGGGCUAUGCCUACGUCAACUUCCAGCAGCCGGCUGAUGCUGAGCGGGCUUUGGACACCAUGAACUUUGAUGUGAUUAAGGGAAAGCCAAUCCGCAUCAUGUGGUCUCAGAGGGAUCCCUCUUUGAGAAAAUCUGGUGUGGGAAACGUCUUCAUCAAGAACCUGGACAAAUCUAUAGAUAACAAGGCACUUUAUGAUACUUUUUCUGCUUUUGGAAACAUUCUAUCCUGCAAGGUGGUGUGUGAUGAGAACGGCUCGAAGGGUUAUGCCUUUGUCCACUUCGAGACCCAAGAGGCUGCUGACAAGGCCAUCGAGAAGAUGAAUGGCAUGCUCCUCAAUGACCGCAAAGUAUUUGUGGGCAGAUUCAAAUCUCGCAAAGAGCGGGAAGCCGAGCUUGGAGCCAAAGCCAAGGAAUUCACCAAUGUUUAUAUCAAAAACUUCGGGGAAGAGGUGGAUGAUGAGAGUCUGAAAGAGCUAUUCAGUCAGUUUGGUAAGACCCUGAGUGUCAAGGUGAUGAGAGAUCCCAACGGGAAAUCCAAAGGCUUUGGCUUUGUGAGUUACGAAAAACAUGAGGAUGCUAAUAAGGCUGUGGAAGAGAUGAAUGGAAAAGAAAUAAGUGGGAAAAUCAUAUUUGUAGGCCGUGCACAAAAGAAAGUAGAACGGCAGGCAGAGUUAAAACGGAAAUUUGAGCAGUUGAAACAGGAGAGAAUUAGUCGGUAUCAGGGGGUGAAUCUCUACAUUAAGAACUUGGAUGAUACUAUUGAUGAUGAGAAAUUAAGGAAAGAGUUUUCUCCUUUUGGAUCAAUCACCAGUGCUAAGGUAAUGUUGGAAGAUGGAAGAAGCAAAGGGUUUGGCUUCGUCUGCUUCUCAUCUCCUGAAGAGGCAACCAAAGCAGUCACUGAGAUGAAUGGACGCAUUGUGGGUUCGAAACCACUGUAUGUUGCCCUGGCCCAGAGGAAGGAAGAGAGAAAGGCUCACCUGACCAACCAGUAUAUGCAACGUGUGGCUGGAAUGAGAGCACUUCCUGCCAAUGCCAUCUUAAAUCAGUUCCAGCCUGCAGCGGGUGGUUACUUCGUGCCAGCAGUCCCACAGGCUCAGGGAAGGCCUCCCUAUUAUACACCUAACCAGUUAGCGCAGAUGAGGCCUAAUCCACGCUGGCAGCAAGGUGGGAGACCUCAAGGCUUCCAAGGAAUGCCAAGUGCUAUACGCCAGUCUGGGCCUCGUCCAGCUCUUCGCCAUCUGGCUCCAACUGGUAAUGCUCCGGCCUCUCGUGGCCUCCCUACUACCACUCAGAGAGUCGGGUCUGAGUGCCCGGACCGCUUGGCUAUGGACUUUGGUGGGGCUGGUGCCGCCCAGCAAGGGCUGACUGACAGCUGCCAGUCUGGAGGCGUUCCCACAGCUGUGCAGAACUUAGCGCCACGCGCUGCUGUUGCUGCUGCUGCUCCCCGGGCUGUUGCCCCCUACAAAUACGCCUCCAGUGUCCGCAGCCCUCAUCCUGCCAUACAGCCUCUGCAGGCACAGCCUGCGGUCCAUGUGCAGGGGCAGGAGCCACUGACUGCCUCCAUGCUGGCUGCAGCACCCCCCCAGGAACAGAAGCAGAUGCUGGGAGAACGCUUAUUCCCACUCAUCCAAACAAUGCAUUCAAACCUGGCUGGAAAAAUCACGGGAAUGCUGCUGGAAAUCGACAACUCUGAGCUGCUGCACAUGUUAGAAUCCCCUGAGUCUCUCCGCUCCAAGGUAGAUGAAGCUGUAGCAGUUCUACAGGCUCAUCAUGCCAAGAAAGAAGCUGCCCAGAAGGUGGGCGCUGUUGCUGCUGCUACCUCUUAGACAAGAAAAAACCGAUUCAAAAGCCAAAUAACCCCUCAUGGAAUUCAGCUCAAGGUUUGAAGACUUCCUAGCUUGUCCUAUGGACCUCAACACCAAGAACUACAAAUUGCAAAUUUAAUAGGUCAUUUUGUAUCAAAAGGUCAAUUAUGAAGCACCUAGAAUUUUUCAAUUAUACGAAUAUAUUCUCUGGGUUCUGCUGUGGCCCAGACAGUGUUAACUUUUUUUUUUUCUAUUGUGGGUUUUGAUUUUUCCCCCCAGAAAUUGGUUUUAUUUGAUGUACCCAAGUCUUACGUUUCUCAAUAAAGAAAAAAAAUCUCCAUAAAA